CUCGAUUUCGGCCAAUGGCCUGGUGUCAGAUCUUGCAACGAUGGCCGACGAGAGCGUCGUGAUCGAGGUUGCGGGCGUCCUGUCGGACCCGGCUUUCCAGCGCAUGCGCCACCUCGCGCUCACCUUGCGCGAGCAUGUGGACGGUGUCUCGCUCUUGAUCAAAGCCCUUCUCGAAGUCGACUACGCGCCCUUCUUGUACAAGGAAGGCCUCUUCCAGGAGUUUCCGCAGCACCCGGCCAGUGCGCCAAUCGCAUUUGUGCCACCGUCGCCGUCCGCCGCAUCGAGCUCGACAGGCAACACCUACAUUGGCGAGGCCGAAGCUUUCGCCGAGUUUUGCGCCAUCAAGUACGGCCUGCCCGAGACGCUCCCAGAGCCAGAAGCCAAAGCGCUGGCCGUCGACGCAUGGCGCACGUACCGCGAGCGGUCGGGGCACGAGUUUUGCUAUCUGAAGUUUGUCGUCGACGAGCACGCCGUGACGCCGCGCGACGAGCCUGUCGUCGUAGAGCUCUACACGGACACGUGCCCGAAAGCAUGCGAGAAUUUUGCCAAGCUCUGCGACUCAGGCUACGCUGGUCUGCCAGUGCACCGUAUCGUUGCUGGCGGCUGGAUUCAGUCGGGCGACGUCGAGCGCGACGGCCGAGGCGACGGGCGUGGCGGCUGCGUCGUUGCUGCCGACGGUGUCUUUGAAGACGAGACCUUUUGCAUCUCGCACGACCAGCCCGGCAUUCUCUCGAUGGCCAACACUGGCCCCCACACGAACGGCGCCCAGUUCUUCAUCACGCUUGCACCGCUACCGUGGCUCGACAAGAACAAAGUUGCCUUUGGGCGCGUCGUCAGUGGUCUGCAGACUGUCCAUGCGGUUGGGCGGCUGCAAACCGUCAACGAGCGUCCGAUCACGUCCUGCAUCAUCGCCGAGUGUGGUCGUCUGCCUCUCUGAGCAUCAUCCUCUCCUCCACCAAAGACAAUGGAGCACAGGCAUGUGUAUAUAAUAAAAUAAGAGGAUGCAAUGUCGUCUA